AAAUGUAUAUCAAGUACUCCUCUUUAUUUGUAUAGUUAAUUAAAGUUCUUAGGUACGACUGUUGUACAAAAAACUGCGUUUGAAUUACGAGAUGGGUAUUUAAUCAUAUUUUAAUCUACUGAUUUAAAGCGUCCUCUUAAGCAUCCCCAUCAAAAUCGCUUGUGAACGUGUAAAAUCAUAGAAACGCAGGAUUUACAUCAAAGCCGUACCUUAAGAUAAUAGCUCAGAAUAAAUUAUUAUUAUUAUCACAGAAUUCUGAAAUCCUAAAUUCAGUGUUAUCAUUAUUGUUGUUUAUACUAUUAUGAUGUGAUAAUAGCAUGAUAUACGAGCCGAUUUAAUUAUUUUGAUAAGUGAUAAAGACACUAGACGCCACAAUUACUGUUUGCUUCCAUUUUUCAACGUAGACCUUUUCUAAGCAUCACGAAUUCAUGACUUCACUUAGUUGUUGUGUAAUCAAAAUCCAAUUAUGUCGAUAUCGUGACAUUCUGAAAUUCCUUCAUGGUUUCCAAAAUGGAUGUUUUGUAUCCGUGCAGUCUAUGUUCUCGGACUUUUCAGUUAAAAAAACAUUUUUUAAUGCAUAUGCGUUUGUCUCACCUAUCAAAUGCACCUUUAAACCCUAAUGAUGACUAUGAAAGCUUAUUUAAUUGUUCACAACAAUUUUGUAAUUCAAGUUUAUCAAAUGAAUAUAUGCAUUUAAACCACAGAAUUUCAAUGAAAAAUUUGACAGAAUAUGUAAAAACACAAAUAAAAAAAGAAGCUCCAAAAGAAUCCUAUGCUUGUUUGUUAUUAAAUGAUUUUUUGCCAGACAAUUAUACAUAUAAAUUAUUGACCUUUAAAGAUUUAUUGUUUGGUCAAUUUAAAGCAAAGUUUAUUAUCUUUGAGACUAGUAAAGAAACAUUUUUAGAUUGGUUAAAUUGUUUUUGUCAAAAAUCCAAAGUCACAUAUAUGACUGAAAAAAUCCCUUUUGAUUUGUUGGAAAAUGUUCAGCGUAAAGUUUACAAGUGUAAAAAUAUUGAUUACUGGAAUAAUGCUACCAAUAGUAUUCUUCAAAAACCAACUAACUGUAAAGCAAGUUUAACAGUUGUUAUUAAACCUUUAAAAAAAAAUUCUGAUCUAACUAAAACUAUCGUAUUAUUAAGGCAUACUCAUUGUCACCCGAUGAAUUAUUUUACAACAUUAAAACAUUACCAAGCAAUUUGUAAUGUAUAUAAUCAAUUAACACCUCUAUUACAAAAUGGGUAUUCAGCAGCUGAUGCAUUGCAUCAAUACAAAAUGAAAAUUUUACAGAAUCACGGUAAAAUUUAUUAUUUGAAAUUAAUGGACUCUGGUAUUAAACUAGAUGUAGAAUUUAUCUAUGACUUGUACUACAUGUACAUGGAUAAGUCUAGAUUUUCAACGCCGUUCAUUAGACAGAUAGACUCUUUAAUAAAAUCUAUAAGUUAUUAUAAUUACACUACUGGAAAAGAGAGUGCUGUUCUUGACAUAGUGAGAGACAACAUAGUAAUAGCUAUCCGAUCACCAUUGAUGGAAAUAAAUUUUGAUACAGUGUUUUUAUGUUCAACUAAUUUCAGUGGCUGUAAAACAUGGUUUAUGUUUAGCCAAAAUGAUAAUGAAAUUAUGGUUCCAGUAGGUGUUAUUGUUGCUGCUGUUAAUGAAGAAUAUAUGUUGAAAGCAGGAUUAAAUUUAUGGAUAGAAUUAGGAGGUAGUGUUAAAUCAGUUGUAGUUGAGUUUGCACACAUGAGCACAUUGCAAUCAGUUUUUCCAGAAGCCUCUGUAUCAGUUUCUGGAUUUCAUUUUUUGCUUGGUGUAUGGAAAUGGUUAUUCAGUGUUACAAAAAAAAACAAUUUAAAUGACGAAUUAAAUUGCUUUGUCGAAUUAAAAAAACUUGUGUGUGCUGAUAAUUUUAUUGCUGAAAAUUGCCUCAAUACAAAUUUUGCUAUCGAUUUAACUGAAAAAUAUCCAAAUUUCAAAGAAUUCAUGGAAAAUAUUUGUAAACCCAAAUUUUUGUUUUAUCCAUCAUUAAUUGCUCACCCAUGUUCAAAUAUUUCUGAACGGAAACUUAUUUACUAUCAUACUAAAUCACUUUCUAUUCUGCAGAUGUUUAAUUUUGUUACUAAUGAAAUCGACAUAUUCUAUGAGCAUUUGUCCAUAAAUACAUCUAAUAACCAAAAAAUCAUUUUUAACGACUUCAUUAAAAUGAAAGAGGACGAGGAUAAUUUUACUUAUACCUGUGUGAGUGACAGUUGUUCUAUGUAUUUAGUGAAGAGUGUUAAUAAUGAUACAUUUUUUGUUGAUAUGGAUAUUGGAUUAUGUUCAUGUACCAUAAAUAAUGUUUGUUCUCCUUGUGUUCAUCAAAUGUUUUUAAAUAAACAUUUUAAUGAUGAAUUUAUUAGUAAUUCAUCAGAUACUUAUAUGCUGGGUGUGUCUACUAAUAAUGAUAGAGAUGGCGAACUGGGUAUAGAAAAAAAUCAAUUUAAAAACAUUUUAUCUGAAUUUCAAUCUGUUAACAAAAAAAUUAGGGAAGAAUUUAUAGCAGACCCAGAUUAUUUUAAAACUGGCAUUCAGUCUUUUGUUUCAACAUUGAAGAACAAUAUAACAUUAGAUAAAUCUUUAUUUUUAGCUUGUCAUUCAUUAAACAAUGUAAAUUAAUCAAAUUUUUUUUAUAACUAUAUGGAUAUAAAUUAUUUUUAGUUAUAGUUGUAUUAAUUACAUCAAAUUUGUUAUCUUCUAUUCUAAAAUUUAUUAAUUUUAUUUGUAUUGUUUGUAUAUACAUUUUUAAUUUAAACCUAAAGUCUAAAUAC